CAAGCAAAGUCGUUAAGGUCAUUUCGGAAAAGAAAGUAUCUUUGCGGAAAGGAAGUUAAUAUUUACGUAGAAAAUUUAAAAGCAAACUAAUACGUUCUGUUACGAGACAAGUAGUUAGCACGUUGUUAGUUAGUUGACAUGACUGAUUUGUUGAGAUAAAGCUAUAAAGCUAUAAAGCUAAAAAGCUAUAAAGCCAGUGGAAACGCGACGCCUGAAUCAGAGAAGCGUAAAAAAAUCAGGUUUCUUUGAAAUAACCUUAACAACCUUCGCUUUAAAACGAAUUAAUUUCAUACAAUAUUAAACAAUCGCUGGAAAAUAAGAAUUAUGUCAUUCAGUUUCGGAAAUAUGUACUAGCCUGUAACACUUUUAAUGAACCAUCCCGUAUAUUUAAAAUUAAAACACGCAAACUAAACAUGUUUCUUAUACUGAAAUUGGCAUUAAUAAUUUUAAUAAAUAAAACAAAUGCGUAUAUUACGCAAGAUAUCGAAAUAAUAUUGCUGCCGGCUUGGAACCCGACAGGAGCAAAAGAGAUACUAUUAACAUUAAAAAUUUUCGGGAAAUUAAUGCAGCUGAACCUGUGUAAAAACGACCAGAUUGUAUCGACUCCAUUUAAAGCAAGGAAAUAUAACGCAAAAAUUAUCACAGAAAAGUUAUCGCAAUUAAAAGCAUCAGAUCCUUGCUUCUUUCUUCACGAGGAUCAUGUCAGCUCUGCGGCCAUCAACUUGUGCCAAGAACAUGGAUUGAAAGGACUAAUUUUUGUGGAAAAUGACAUAAUAGAGAUUUGGUCUUUGCGGAACAUGUUUGCAUCUUUGUCCUUCAUCGACGAUGUUUGCGUUAGAGAACAAAUCAAUCAAUCAUUCGGCAAACCUCACCUUAUUAAAAGAUUAGUCCAAUAUUAUAGCCAUUCAAUUUUUUAUCCUUUGGACAAUCUUCAACGGAAGCCACGUUAUGUAGAAAAUAAAAGGAUGGAUGAAGAAUUUAUCGUAGAACUGGCUGUUUUUGUUGACACAUAUGCAUAUCUUCUGUUAAUGUUUUAUCUGGACAACAAUAUCGAUAAAAUACGCAAUAUGAUUAAGUUAGAGUAUUUGAAAAAAGUUCAGGAUUUUUUUCACCAUCGGAGUUUGGGUGUCCGUAUCGGUAUUUCUUUGGUAAAUUUAACGAUUUUGGAAACAGGAUCGUCAAAUUUUCCAGUUUUUAAGGGCGAAGGCAAAACACUGCUCAAACUUUUCUGCAGUUACCAGAAAACUCUCAAUCCUCCAGACGACGAUGAUCCACGUCACUGGGACAUUGCUCUUUACAUAACCGGAAUGGACAUUUUUACAACUAAAGGUACAUCGUUUUUAAUUUCAUAUGAUGAUUAUUCAGUUGCGGGAUUAGCCUUUACCGGUGGCGCAUGCAAAGCGCAUAAGUCAUGCGCGAUAGCAGAAUUUUCUUCAGGUGAUUUCGAUUCUUCAAUAAAAAAAUCAUCUCUUCACGCUGCUCAUGAAAUCGGUCAUCUCUUAGGAUUGCGUCACGAUUUCGACGAAACGGAUACAUAUAUAAUGUCACCUGCGCCACAACGUUUUAGCGAGAUAAAAUGGUCCAUGUAUAGUCAUAACACAAUAAAAUCAUCGUUGAAAAGAAAAUCGUGUCUUCGAGAAACCGAUGAUAGUAUCUAUGUCGAUGACUAUGACGAUGAUUGGUGGACAUCUGACAUAUUUGAUAAUCCGCUAUAUUACGGUUUACCCGGAAGAAAAUGGACCGCCAAAGCACAAUGCCAACUAUUUCUGGACGACGAAAAUGCGAACGUGGUCACGUUGCAUGAUAUAUGUCAAAAUUUACAAUGCGAGACGCCUCACAAAAAUGAAUCUUAUUUCACUGCGGGCGCAUUGAGUGGUACUUAUUGCGCACUCGGGAAAGAAUGUCGUGGCGAAAAAUGCCUGCCUAUUAUCGAGCCGCCAUACAAUUUUAACUCUUGUGAUGAGGAUAAUUGGAGUGAAUGGAAGAAAGACAUCUGUCAAAGUGGUUGCUUGCAGAAAUCGAAAGGCGUACUAGCCAAACGACGUAUUUGCAAACAUCGGAAUAGAGAAACACCGAAUUGUGUAGGACCAUAUUACGACGUAGUUCUGUGCGAUGAUUCGUUACUCUGUUUCGGGAAACGCAAAACGAUCGACUUGUUUACUACCAUAAAAUGCACCAAAUUCAAAUUGGCAAACUUAGCGAUAACAGAGUCGGGGAAACAGUAUUCUUAUGAUGCCGAGAAACCGUGGAUAGCAUGUACUGUAUACUGUACACACAAAGAAUCAUCUGAUUAUUACACACCACGCCAAGAAAUGCUCAACUUUCGUGUCGAUCCAUAUUUUCCUGAUGGAACGUGGUGUCACGAAGAAAAUGGUCAAAAUUAUUAUUGCCGCCAGCAUUACUGUCUGCCGGAAAGCUACUCGUAAAAAUAGUUGUCGAAAGAUGAUCUACGUAUGUUUUAAAAUUAUUAUGCUUUUACUUUUAGUCUUUAUUUCUCUUCGUUGUACAUUUACAAGUAUGACACGUGAAGAUAUAUAUAUUUUUUCGUAAAGUAGGAAGGACUCGUUUUUGUGAAAAACGAUGUAUUAGAGAUUCGGCCUUUGCGCAACGUAUUUGCACCUUCAUCGACGAUUUUUGUGUUAAGGAACAAAUUAAUCAGUUAUUCGGCAAACCUUAUCUUAUUAAAAUAUUACUCCAAUAUUAUGAUGAUUCAAAUUUUUAUUUUUUGGACAAUUUUAAACGGAAGCCACGUCAUGUACAAAAUACGCAAAAAAAAUUUACUAUAGGACUGGCUGUUUUCGUUGACGUAGAAGCAUAUCGCAAGUUGAUGCGAUUAUACCCGAUGAUAUCAAAGAUGAUAUACGUGAUAUAAUGUUAGUGUAUGUGAAUUUUAUGCAGGCUUUAUAUUUUGGCACGUUAUUUAUUGUUAUAUAUAUAUAUAUUUUUUAAUUUUUUGAUAUAUAAGCAUAAAAAGGUUCGUCAUCUCUGCUUUAGAAUGUUUGAAACAUAUCACGAUACAAACAUGGAUCGUCAUGGAUUUGCGUAAAUAGAUUUCAAAACACACCGAUUGAUGCAUAUUUGUGUCUUAUAAUAUUCAUAAAAAUUCGCGCGCUGCAAAUGCAGCGAACUCUAUCGAAAACCGCAUGAACUUUUUUGCUUAGAUUCCUUUUCCUUUUCCCUUUUUUUAAAGUAUAAGUACUUUCUUUCUUCUUUCAGA